CUAUCAGGAAAAGAAGAAUGGCCGUACGGGGCGCCGUCUCUCGCAAAUUUUGGGCCGGCGGCUCGGACCUGGCCCAGGCUUCCCCGGCGCACGUUCUCCGUGGUCUCUCUCGCCUCUCCCCAUGCCUCCGGUGCUGCAACAAACAGACAAAGCUCACCGCACAAACCUUGCUACGCAGCGAAAAGUUCCCCCAUGCCGCAUAAACAACUCCACGCUCGGUGUCGAGCUCAGGCAGCGCCACACGGCGAGCCUGCCGACCUCCCCGAAAAUAUCCCCUCCAUCCUCAGCUCAGGCAGCGCCACCCGGCAGCGCCACCGUCGACAUCCCCGAAAAUAUCCGACGAGACCACGGCCACUGUGCGCAGGGGCCACGCGGCCAGCCAACUUGGCGCGCUUUCCGCUCGCCGUCGGCGGUCAAUGGACCCCUCGCCCACUGGUUGGGGGAAAGCGACGAACCCUGGAGCAAUAAGAUAAGCGGCAACUUGUGCGACGCUUCCAGAAGCCUCCUCCCGCUUCGGGCCUUCCAGAACCAUCGCCCGCCACGUCACCGCAAAUAAGAUAAGCCGUCGUGGAGGCGAGGAUUCUUCCAAUCCUUCCAUUGCCGAAACGUCUGGAAACUUCGGAAUCGGAAGCCGGAAUCAGAGAGGGCGAGCUGUAUAAAUGGGCGACGACCCCGUGCUGGCCCCGACGAGCUUUUGCCCGCCUCAAGUACGAAAACAGUACAGAGCUCACUGUACUUUCUUCCUGCCUUAGUGCCUUUCUCUCCGCCUCAUCCAUGGUCUGCUCCUGUAAGCCUUUCCUCUCCAAUCACUCUCUCUACCUUUUCUCUCUGAUGAUUUCCUAAAUUGGCCCAGCAGCAUUGCCAAUUCGCCAAUUCGAACAAGUUCGCUUUUGCUACUGCUCCAUUUCUUCAGAGAACCGUCUUUUCCCCUUCGUCCUUGUUUGCCUCUGCUUGCUAUUUGAUUCAGAAAAGAUCAUUUACGGGAUUUGAUUAGCUGGAGGGCGAGUUUUGUUUAGCGAACAUUGCCCUCCACUAAUUCGCCAGGUUCUUGAUUCUUUCUCGACCCCAAUUUUCCCCUGGUCUGAAUAGCAGCGACCUGCAGUCCCUAAUCCCCAAUCUCCCGUUACUGCAUUGUCUCUGUCUUUCUCUUUGUUUCAUCAUAUGGAUCCGUUCAAGUUCAACGGCAUUGUGAAAGAGGAGGAAUUCGAGUACUUCAACGGCGCCGCAGCGGAUGGCUAUCCGCCGACCCCUUGGGCCGCCGUGGAUGGCUCUUCGCCGUCCUCUUGGGCCGCCGCCGGCGCACUGGCGGAGCUGCCACGGCCGAUGGACGGGCUCGGCGAGGCCGGCCCGACGCCGUUCCUGAACAAGACAUACGAGGUGGUGGACGACUACAGCACGGACACCGUGGUGUCGUGGGGCGUCGCCGGGAACAGCUUCGUGGUCUGGGAUGCGCAGGCCUUCUCCACCGUGCUCCUGCCGCGCUACUUCAAACACAGCAACUUCUCCAGCUUCGUCCGCCAGCUCAACACCUAUGGGUUCAGGAAGGUUGAUCCGGACAGGUGGGAGUUCGCGGCGGAGGGGUUCCUGCGGGGCCAGAAGGAGCUGCUGAAGACCAUCAGGCGGCGGCGGCCGCAGUCGAGCGCGCCGCCCGCGCUGCUGCAGCAGCGAGAGCAAGGGGCGGGGCCGUGCCUGGAGGUGGGGCAGUUCGGGCACGAGGGCGAGGUGCACUGCCUGCUGCGCGACAAGGGCAUCCUGAUCGCGGAGGUGGUGAAGCUGCGGCAGGAGCAGCAGGCGACGCGGGAGCUGAUGGAGGCCAUGGAGGCGCGCAUCGUCUCCACGGAGCAGAAGCAGCAGCAGAUGACAGUGUUCCUGGCCCGCGCGAUGAAGAGCCCGAGCUUCCUCCAGAUGCUCGUGGACCGGCAGGACCGGCAGGCGCGGCGCAGGGAGCUCCAGGACGCGCUCUCCAAGAAGCGCCCCCGCCCCCCAAUCGAGUACCUCCCGACACGCAACGGCGCGACCAGCAGCUGCGGCAGCUACAGCCCCGCAGCGAUGCACGGCUACAGCCCCGGGCUCACCGACGGUGCGGACGGAGGCGAGAGAGAGCGUGCAGAUGGCCGCGGCGGUGGAGAGGACACGGAGAGCUUCUGGAUGGAGCUGCUGAGCCUGGGAUUGGAGGAGAAGCAGAGAGAGGCUGGGGGCGGAGGAAGCGCAGAUGUGGACGACGACGUGGACGAUGAGGUGGAUGUGCUGGUGCAGAGCCUGUACCACCUCAACCCGAACCGGCCCCACAACCACGAGUGAGGGGAGAACGUUUCCAGAAGCUUCCGCCUGGAGAAGGUAGGGUAGGCGGAGGAGCAUGAACCAACUCAACCCAAACCGGCCUCACAAACCGGAGUGAAAGGAGAUGGUUCGAGAAGUUUCCAAUUGGAGAAGGUAGGGUAGAACGCGGAGCAAGAACCGUUGGUAAUGGUACUCUCUGGUAGUGCUCCAUUCUAUGUGUUGGUUCCCUUUGUUCUUUUUUAGUAGUUGCACCUGACAUCUUGUCGGGGCCCGCCUGACUGCAUGCGCAACUUGCCCAAAGAAGAAAGGGGCAUGCCGCUCUGGGCAGGCGUGGUGGAAUAAUGCUUCGAGAUGCUUACUGAAUUUAGUAGUCCCAGUGGACGUA